GGUCGCAAUCUUUUACAGAAGAAAUAGGGACUUGAAGCAUUAAUCUCUUCUGAAAAGCUAUAUGCGCUAUGUUAGGUGCUUCGGCAUUCAUGGCAUAUUCUACGAGGAUCAUGGGUUUACUCGACGAGUCCACUCACCGAGUUACUCCCCACUGAGUACUUCAAUAACUCACUGGAUUGAUUCUCGUUUUCCACUAUUACAGACGUGAAAGAGACAAAACAUGGACGUUAAGACACAAACCAUUUGGGAUGCUGCUAGAACAAUCUCUCUUUCAUCAAAUAGGAGCAAUGGGUUCUCUCCUUUGUUCUUCUUCUGCCAUAAUUGUCAUAAACGAAUUGUUAAACACAAGAACCCAGUUUAUCCUCUGUUAUCUUGUUUAAAGCAGAGCAGUAACGGCGUCAACCAAGUCGUUGGUGGCAAAGUUGUUGGGAGGAAAACUUCAUGUUUGAAUAGUGGCGAGGAACCACCGGCAGCACUGUACGAUCACUGGAUUCGUGAGUAUUGCAGAGCAGGGAACAUUGACAAGGCCAUGGCUCUUGUUGCUCAAAUGGAGGCUCUGGGUUCUCGACCAGAUUCUGGUUCUUACGCUUGCUUGAUCGAGAGCUUAGCCGGCGUGGGCAGGAUGCUGGAGGCCGAUGCUUUGUUUUUGGAAAUGGCGUUUGUUGGGUUUGAUAAUCCGUGGCUGAGAUUAAAACUCUACAAUGUUUUGCUCAGAGGGUGUUUGAAGAAAGGCCUCUUUAACCUAUCUGUUAAAAUCUUGGCCUCCAUGGACGAACUGGAUGUCGGUAAAAACCGAGAAACAUACGAGAUUCUUCUGGAUUACCAUGUCAGUGCAGGUCGGUUGCAGGAUAGUUGGUUGAUUGUUAAUGAAAUGCAGCAAAAAGGGUUUAAAUUGAACUCCUUUGUGUACAGUAAAAUCAUUGGUAUUUACAGGGACAAUGGCAUGUGGAAGAAAGCAAUUGGUGUUAUGGAGGAGAUUAGAGAGACGGGUAUCCCAUUAGAUAAUCAGAUAUACAACAGUUUGAUUGAUACUUUUGGAAAAUAUGGAGAGUUAGAUGAAGCCUUACAGGUGUUUGAUAAAAUGCAGCAGGAAAGUGGUAUAAGCCCGGAUAUUACCACGUGGAACUCGUUGAUCCGGUGGCAUUGUAAGGCUGGUAAGGUAGAAAGGGCUUUAGAGCUAUUUUCGAGGAUGCACGAACAAGGGUUGUAUCCUGAUCCCAAGAUCUUUAUUAAUCUUAUAACUCGGUUGGGCGAGCAAGGGAAAUGGGAGAUGAUGAAGAAGAAUUUUGAAGUUAUGAAAUGUAGAGGUUAUAGAGAUGUUGGGGUGAUAUAUGCCAUUUUGGUUGAUAUUUACGGGCAGUAUGGGCGAUUCCAGGAUGCUGAAAACUGCAUAGCUGCUCUCAAAUCGGAAGGUCUUAUGCUGACAGCGAACAUAUUUUGUGUUUUAGCCAAUGCUUAUGCUCAGCAGGGACAAUGCGAACAGACAAUCAAGGUGCUUCAGCUUAUGGAAGCUGAAGGGAUUGAGCCAAAUCUUAUAAUGCUGAAUGUGUUGAUCAAUGCAUUUGGUAAUGCUGGGAGGCAUAUGGAGGCGCUAUCUAUUUAUCAUCAUAUAAAAGAAUCUGGUUUUAGUCCUGAUGUGGUUACAUAUAGUACGCUAAUGAAGGCAUUCAUUCGAGCCAAGAGUUUCGAGAAGGUCCCUGAAAUAUACACGGAAAUGGAAUCAUCAGGUUGCACUCCAGACAGAAAAGCUAGACAGUUGUUAAAAUCAGCUGUGAUGGUACUUAAGCAGAGAAACUACAAGUAUUAGAUUGGGGAAAGAUAUGUUUCCCAUUCGAGAUAUGUUUCCCUUUCACGGCAUUCUUGCCUUCGAUGCAUUGCUUUAGCUAUAAGUUCAUAGCCCUAGCAGGAUGGGAGGCUGAUAUUUUCAGAAACAGAUUGAUAUUGCUGUGAAGUCCAGUUUCUUCCCUGUUUGGGUUUCAGAGAUCUUCUCCUUUUGAUUAGAUUCUUAUCCUAUUCACAGGAUGGGUGACUUGUGUUUGCCAAACUCUACUCUAACCAGUGACUGAUUAGAUUUGGAGAGGAACCAUUUACAUUCAGGAAAUUAUCAUUCAGAAAUUAAACAGAUGCAAGCUGAUGGAAUCAGUGGUUUAGACAAUCAAACUUGAGAUUAGUUUGAUUGAUUGUACAGCUGAAAUUUCAGGGGAGAGUUUUCUAAUUUUGUAAUUUAGGACACAGGUCUAUACAUGUAUGUUCUAUAUUUUCUAGUCAAUCCUAUUAAAAGAUUAUUGGCUUAAA